AUGUCGAAAUCACGUCCCAGCUCCAGUGCUCCGACUGAUGCGGAAGUGAGCGGCAAACCAACUUCAUCGAACAUCAUCCGCACAAUCAGCUUGCCCUCCAACCACCCACCAUACGAGUCUCCGAUCGAUGGUCGCUUUCCCAUGCACUUCGACACCUCCGGCGAAUUCCACUGGUACUUCCAUAGCCAGAGCAAGCAUCCAAUUGGAAAGAAGUUCUUCAGCACCAAGAACUCCGACUUCCUCCAGAGAAUGUUGACAGUCACCUCAUCCAUGACACCUCCACUACACGUGAGUCUUCGCAUUGAGACAUGCAUCACCGCGAUGGCAAAAGUAUUCGAUCCGGAAAAUCCGGAGGUAUCGCCGCCGAUGUUUGUGUUUGAGGUGCAGAAGAAGGUCGUGGGGCAGCAACUGACGGAUGGCUAUCAUGCGCUGAGAAGAUUUCUCGAAGCGGAGGUCCCGAGAGAGGAAUUUCCGGAAUUGUAUCAGGAUGGGAGGAUAAUUUUGAGAUUUCUGCGCAGGGACUACGGUGGGGAUAUUGGUAUGCUGUACUAG